AUGACUUUUACUGAAAAGUCGGUUCAAAAGACUGGUGAAUCCUCACCUGAUAAUAGUAAUGAGUACGAAGAUGGUAUCGGCCUAAAAACGUUUAAAUCACUAGCUAAAAUACCAACUUAUUCUGGUGUUAAAGUUUUAUCCAAUGAAGAUAAUCCUUCCAUACUUUCUAUUCAAGUAAUAUUAAGUCAAAGAGACUUGAAAAGGAAACUUAAAAGAAAAAUCGUUAAACAAUUGGUCGUAUCAUUGCCAACUAAAGGAAGUUUAGAUACAACGGCAAAAAUUAUCACAUCAUCAUUUUUACCUGUAGAUUUAGGUGAUGUAGUUUUACAAGCUGAAUCACCAAGUGGUAAUAAAUUAUUAAUAUUAAGAUCAGUUUCAAACGAUAAAGGAAAAAAGAAAUUUGUUGAGGUUUGGAUUAAAGGAACUUUGAAACAAUCUAUUGACGUGACCGACUCUCAUGGAGAUUUUUAUUCUGAUGUUAAUUUUGGAAGCUUGAAAUGGUCUAGAAAUGAAGAGAAUGUUGUUUAUAUUGCUGAACGAAAAGCAUUGGAUGAAAAAGACGAAAAGAAAUGUGAUUUUCUUCCUGGAUGGGGAGAAACCUUGCCUAAUAAAUGUGUAUCGGUUAUUGUCAUCGUGAAUGUGUUGGAAUAUAAAGUUGAGGUAUUCUUUGGUCCGAAAGAUGAAACACUUAUAUUCAACGGAUAUAAUAGAGAACCACGUUAUUAUGGAAUUACCGCUUCGGUGGAAUAUAUCAAUCAAUUGGAACAUGCUCGUUCUCCAAGACUUAGUCCUUCUGAAAAAGUUUUUGUUUAUUAUUCUAAUCCAACUAGUGGACCGCAUAGUUAUUGUUCUGAACUUCGCGAGUAUAAUUUUUCAACCAACACACACGGUGUUAUAGUUCCGGUUGUUCAUACACCAUCACAUUCAUUCCAAAAUGGAUUCCCUGGCAUUUAUAAUGACCAAAUGAGUAGAAAACCAUUUAUCGUCUUUGAAGGCAAAGAGUUUUUAAUAAUUCAAAGUUAUUGGAGAAGUAGAGGAGUUUUAUUAGCUAUAAAUUUGGAAACUGGAAGAGUCCAGGAUCUUACUCAAACGGGAAGCUGGACGCUAUUUCUUGCAUGUAAUAAUUACAUCAUUGCAUCAAGAGGGGCACCUAAUGAGUUCAAUGAAUUAUAUUUUGGUAUUGUAACAGGAUAUCAAAAGGAUAUGUUAGAAGUUGAUUGGACAUGUAUAGAUAAGCCAAAUGUUGAAGAAGAAGUUAUUUUCAUAAGGCCCAAUGAAAUUUCUGAAGGUACAAAAUUACCUUUGUUAGUAUUUCCGCAUGGUGGACCUCAUUCAGUGACUACGCCGGAUAUUAGGUUAUAUAUAACCACCUUAGUUUCACUAGGUUAUGCCGUUGCAGCAGUUAACUAUACUGGCAGUAUUGGGUUUGGACAAGAUUCUAUUAACGCAUUAGUUGGUAAAGCUGGCGUACUUGAAGUUGAGGAAGUACAGGAAUCCGCACAAUAUAUUAUUGACAAUGAAUGCGUAGAUCCCAACAAAGUAAUCGCGAUAGGUGGAAGUCACGGUGGAUUUAUUUCGGCUCAUUUGAUCGGAAAAUAUCCAGAUUUCUAUAAAGCCUGUGUAAUGAGAAAUCCCGUGUUGAAUAUUGGACAAAUGGCGUCUGUUACCGAUAUUCCAGAUUGGUGUUUUUCAGAAAUAGGCUUGCCUUAUUCACUAGCACAUCCAUCAUUAGUGACACCAUCAGAUUAUAGUAAGAUGUAUGAACAUUCACCAAUUCAUAAUAUUGAUAAGGUUAAAACACCUACUUUAUUAAUGUUGGGAGCCGAAGAUAAAAGGGUUCCAAAUAUUGAUGGAUUAAAUUGGUAUUAUUAUUUAAAAGGCAAAGGAAAUGUUGAAAUUACUUGUAAAAUGUAUAAAGAAACUGGUCAUUCAUUGGAUACUAUCGAAGCUGAAUUAUUUGGUAUCGAUGCCAUUACUAGAUUUUUAGAGGAAAAGGUUGGUGGAUGA